AUGACUGUAGAAGCGCCGGGCCCGGUCCGGUACCAGGACGUCGUGGCCGCCUUUGUCGUCGACCCUCGUCCUUGCAAUGACCCUAAAGAACCGCUGAAGAUCCUGUGCACGCUCCGCAAUGCCGACUCGAAGUACUUUGCAAGUCUUUGGGAGUUCCCAGGUGGCAAGGUGGAGCCAGAAGAGACGCACGCCCAAGCCCUGCGUCGCGAAUGCGCCGAGGAGCUGGGCAUCGACAUCGACUUAGCCUCUUCGGACGCGGACCUGGAUCCUUGCUGGUCCUUUUCCCACUUGCCCCAGCCGGACAAGGACCAGCCCGGCCAGCACAUAGUCUUCCGUCUCUUUUUCUACUGGGCCACGUACGAUGCUGCCGCCCAGCCACACCCACAACCGCUGGCUGCACAGCGUCUCGACUUUCUGACGCCGCGAGAGAUGGUCCAGCUCGACUUCUGUCCAGGCUGCAAGGAGAUCCGCGAGGCCCUCGCCAGCGGCCAACUCCGUCCGCCGCCCACCGUACUCAAACGGGCUCGCACCUCUGCCUGA